GUGGCUUCCCAUUGGCCAGUCCGUGUCCAGGGGCGGGGCCCGCCCUCCGCAGUUGAGCGCGUCGGAUCUACGGCGGCCUGGCUCUUCUCCGUGUCAAUCCGCACGCCAGCCCGGUCCCCCGGGGCAGUGCUGCGAUCUGAUUUCAGGACAUUGGGUUUGUUCCGGAUCCCUCGAGCCUCGAGGCUGCCUGUGUGACCUUGAGCAAGUCUCGCCCGCUGGGCCUCAAGUUCCCUUGUGUACUAGGGUGGGAUGAGCAGUGUGGUUCUUAUCCUGAGUUUUUGUAACUUUCUUGGUGGAGAACCCACCUCCCUGCUCCCUACAGGUCUUGGUCAUGAACGCCCCCGGAGGAAGGAGGCAGGAAGGUAGAAGGACUCAUAGACCGCGGGAACAGGACAGAAAUGUGCAGCUGUCUAAGGCUCUGUCCUAUGCCCUUCGCCACGGGGCCUUGAAGCUGGGACUUCCCAUGCGAGCUGAUGGCUUUGUGCCCCUGCAAGCCCUCCUGCAGCUGCCCCAGUUCCACAGCUUCUCAAUUGAGGAUGUGCAGCUCGUGGUGGACACCAAUGAAAAGCAGCGGUUUACCCUGCAGCCAGGCGAGCCCAGCACUGGGCCCCUCAUCAGGGCCAAUCAGGGUCACUCCCUACAAGUCCCUGAGUUGGAACUGAUGCCCCUGGAGACACCACAAGCCCUGCCCUCGACACUAGUCCAUGGUACAUUCUGGAAGCACUGGCCAUCUAUUCUACUGAAUGGCCUGUCACGCCAAGGAAGGACACACAUCCACUUAGCCUCGGGGUUGCCUGGGGACUCUGGUGUCAUCAGUGGCAUUCGUCCAAAUUGUGAAGUGGCAGUGUUCAUCAAUGGAGCCCUAGCCCUCACAGAUGGAAUCCCUUUCUUCUGCUCUGUCAACGGAGUGAUCCUGACUCCAGGGAAUGCGGACGGUUUCCUGCUUCCCAAGUACUUCAAGGAGGCCCUGCAGCUGCGACCUACCCGAAAGCCUCUCUCCUUGACUGGUGAUAAAGAGACAGAGUCUCAGAGUGGCCCCAAGCACAGCUCCAGAGGAGGAAGAAGAAAGAUCCAAUAAUAAAAUAUUUAUUUAUUAAAAAAAACCUGAAACACGCAAAAAGAAAGUCCAGCUUCAAACCAGGAUUUCCUGUUCCUUAUCCAUAUUUGGCAUUCAUCAUGUGCUUAGAGACUACAUAUAGGUCAAGGGUGUGAGCUUGUGCCAAUAGGGCAAGAGGAGGGGCUUCGUGUGGCUCAGGGCCCAUCGUCCCUAGGCUGGGUGGUGGUAGCAUCUACCCCAGUGAGGGCCCUGGCCUACCUGAGGACAAGUGAGGGUGCCCAGCAGGGUGCAUGCUGGGAGAGUUCAGGUGGGCGUGGCCAUGGGAGAGUCCCUGGAGGGUGUGGGUAGAGCAGGGGCUGUCUUUAGAAGGCCUCAUGCCCUCCAGUAAGCUGUAGGAACAGAUCCUCGUCCAGCUCCUCCCCUCGGGCCCGCUCUCGAGUGGACAGGAAAAUGUAGCCCCCGAUGUACUCGUGCACGAUGCGGCAGCUAGCAGACACACAGCUGAAGGCCACAUUGAUAUGUUCAUCGAACUCAAUGGCCACCUGCAAGUGGGUUGUCACAGGUCCAGUGGGGUGGGGCAGCAAGCAGCAGCCUCUGGCCUGCCCUGGUUGGGUCUGAGCUGGUUACCUGCCCCUGCCCUUCCUGGCCUACCUGCCGUAUGUCCCAGUUGACGUUCCAUUGCCGCAUGUUGCUGAAGCGCCAGGUCUUGACCACGUCACCCACGGCCAGAUCAAUUCGGAUCAGUCGGUUGUUGGCGAUGCCCAGAAUCUCAUCCUUCCUGCUGCCCUUGAACCUGAUUUCCAGGGAGAAAGAACAUGAGUGAAAGCUACACUGUAACGGCCCUGGAACCCACCCCAUGUGUCUAUUGCUGCAGGGCCCUCUGCUCUGCCGCUGCUCAGCCUGAGGCAGUCAGCUUCUUAGUCUUAAGCUCCUACGUUGAAAAAAAAAUGGCAUUAUUUCUGGGCUUAUGCUAGCCAGGCAUGGUACUGUAGGUCUGUCAUCCCAGCAAAGGGGCUGAGGCAGGAUUUCACAUCGGACUCCAUACAUGGCGAAAGAAGCUCUGUCUCUAAAACGGGAAGCGCUGGGACGCGCCUAAGUGAAUAAAGCACUUGCCUUGCACUUACAAAGGCCCAGUGUGUUCCUUUAGACCCCAGGAGUGCGUGCUUCUGACCCCUGGGGUCUAUUAGCCGGCCAGCCAACCCUACCGUGUGAAUUCCAGGCCAAUAGGAGAUAAUGGUCUCAAAAACAGGGUAGACAAGUUGGGAGGAGAGAUUUCUCAGUGGAUAAAGCCCUUUCAUGUGUGAAAAUACAGAACCCUUCCAAAUCUAAUGCAUCAUAGUGUGCCUACAGCAAAAUGGAAGGCAGAGAUUGCAGGCCAGCCAGCCUGGAAUACAUAGUAUCAGAACUCUUAUCUCAAACAAGGUAGGGGCUGGAGAGAUGGCUCGGAGGUUAAGAGCACCGACUGCUCUUCUAGAGGUCCUGAGUUCAAUUCCCAGCAACCACAUGGUGGCUCGCAACCAUCUGUAGUGAGAUCUGAUGCCCUCUUCCACUGUGUCUGAAGACAGCUACAGUGUACUUAACAUAGAAUAAAUGAAUAAAUCAAAAAAUUAAAAUAAGAGCAUUAAGAAAAAAUAUGGGUGUGGGUGUGGAGAGAUGGCUCAGCAGUAAGAACACUGGCUGCUCUUGCAGAGGAUCCAGUUACGUUUCCAGCACCCCCAUGUCAGCUCACAAUAGGGGUCUCCAACGCCUUCUGGCCUCCAAGGGCACCAUGGACACACAAGGUGCACAGACACACACACACACUCAUAUACAAAUAAGAAUAAAG